AUGCAGUGGGAGCUAUUUCUGCUUACUUUGUUCGCUCAGCCAAGUUUGAUCGUCUGUCACCUCUAUGAGUAUCACUGCAUUAAUGAGGAAAAAAACUGGACUGAAGCUCAGCAGUACUGCAAAGAGAAACACACUGACCUGGCCACAGUGUCUAACAUGGCAGACAUGAAGAGACUCCUCAAUAACUCAGCAGGAAACAUGACAGAAGCUUGGAUUGGUCUGUAUGAUCAGACAGAUGGUAUCAGAACAUGGUACUGGUCACUGCCUGGAGUGGAGUUCAAUGAAAAAAGUAAAACAACAGAGAAAUUCUACCUAAUUAAAGAAAAGAAGACCUGGCUGGAAGCUCAGAGUUACUGCAGAGAGAAACACAAAGACCUGAUCAGUGGAAUGAAGCAGCUGGAGGAUUUUCUACCUGUAGAUGAAAAUGUGUUUAUUGGUCUGUACAGAGACACCUGGAAGUGGUCAGAUGGAAGCAGCUUUUCUUUCAGACACUGGAACCUUCAGUUUGAUGAUGAGAAUUACAACAGUGGUCAAUGUGCCAUGACUGUGUUUGAUGAUGGAGGCAGAUGGAAGAAUGACAACUGUUCCAUCAGAAAACCCUUCAUCUGUUAUGAUGAUAAAGUGAUCUUGAUUAAAGAAAAUAAAACCUGGGAGGAUGCCUUAUACUACUGCAGAGAUCACUACCAUGACCUGGUCACCAUCACCAACCUGGAUGAGCAGAGAUGGAUCCAGGAGAAAGCCAAGAAGGCCUCGACUGAUCAUGUCUGGAUGGGACUGCGCUACGCCUGCACUCUAGAUUUGUGGUUCUGGGUUAAUGACAAAGUGGUCAGGUAUAAGAACUGGGCCUCAGGGGAACCAGUGGAUGACUGUGACAUGUCUGGAGCCAUGGAGACAGGAGGAGGACAUAGGUGGAAAAAAAUGAAUGAUCUAAAGGAGUUUAAUUUCCUCUGUUCAAAGCCCUGAAGCUCAUCAUAUUAUCUGAUAAAGUUCUUGUUAUUCAUAUGAUAAUUUCUUCACUUCUUUAGGAUGUAUUCCUUCUUUUUCACUACCAAAUCUAAUUUCUGCAUCUCAGAACUAGAUUAUUUAUUUAGAAGUACUUUUUACUGUUGCUAUUUUUGUUUCUAAGUUUCCAAGGCCU